AUGAGUACGGACGCAGAAAUGGAAGCCUUUGGGCCGGCGGCCAUUUACCUCCGUAAGCCCGAGAAGGAGAGGAUCGAGGCGCAGAAUGCCCCUUUCGACGCCAAGACCGCAUUCUUUGUGGCUGAUGCUAAGGAGCUGUACCUCAAAGGGAAGCUCAUCAGCAGAGAGGGGGGCAAAGCUACAGUCGAAACUCUGGAUGGUCAGACUGUUACAGUUAAGGAGGAUGACAUCCAUCCCAUGAAUCCUCCCAAGUUUGACAAAAUUGAGGAUAUGGCCAUGAUGACCCACCUCAACGAGCCCGCUGUGCUGUAUAACCUCAAAGAGCGUUACGCAGCAUGGAUGAUCUAUACCUACUCUGGGCUGUUCUGUGUCACUGUGAACCCCUAUAAGUGGCUUCCAGUGUAUGAUGCAGUUGUUGUCACUGCAUACAGAGGCAAAAAGAGAAUUGAGGCCCCACCCCACAUCUUCUCUGUCUCUGAUAAUGCCUAUCAGUUCAUGCUCACAGAUCGUGAGAACCAGUCUGUUCUGAUCACUGGAGAAUCUGGUGCCGGGAAGACUGUGAACACGAAACGUGUUAUCCAGUACUUUGCCACAAUCGCAGUGACUGGUUCCAAGAAAGCAGAGCCAGUGCCUGGCAAAAUGCAGGGUUCACUGGAGGACCAGAUCAUAGCAGCCAACCCCCUACUGGAGGCUUAUGGCAAUGCCAAGACUGUGAGGAAUGACAACUCCUCUCGCUUUGGUAAAUUCAUCAGAAUUCACUUUGGGACAACAGGAAAGCUGAGCUCUGCAGACAUUGAGACAUAUCUGUUGGAAAAGUCCAGAGUGACAUUCCAGCUGUCUGCUGAGAGAAGCUACCACAUCUUCUACCAACUUAUGACUGGCCACCAACCAGAAUUAAUUGAGGGGCUUCUCAUCACUACCAACCCAUAUGAUUUCCCUAUGAUCAGCCAGGGGGAGAUCACUGUUAAAAGCAUCAAUGAUGUGGAAGAGUUCAUUGCCACAGAUGUUGCCAUUGAUAUUCUGGGCUUCUCUAGUGAGGAGAAGAUUGGCAUCUACAAGCUGACUGGAGCUGUAAUGCAUCAUGGGAACAUGAAGUUCAAGCAGAAGCAGCGUGAGGAGCAGGCUGAACCUGAUGGCACUGAGGUGGCAGAUAAAAUUUCCUACCUCAUGGGGCUGAACUCAGCUGACCUGCUGAAAGCUCUGUGCUACCCCAGAGUGAAGGUUGGGAAUGAGUUUGUGACCAAGGGGCAGACUGUACCACAGGUCAACAAUUCUGUAAUGGCCCUCUGCAAGUCGGUAUAUGAGAAGAUGUUCUUGUGGAUGGUUGUCCGAAUCAACGAGAUGUUGGACUCAAAGCAGCCCAGACAGUUCUUCAUCGGUGUCCUGGACAUUGCUGGUUUUGAGAUCUUUGAUUUCAACAGCUUGGAGCAGCUGUGCAUCAAUUUCACCAAUGAGAAACUGCAACAGUUUUUCAACCACCACAUGUUUGUGCUGGAACAAGAGGAGUACAAGAAGGAAGGGAUUGACUGGGAGUUCAUAGACUUUGGUAUGGACUUAGCUGCCUGCAUUGAGCUUAUUGAGAAGCCAAUGGGCAUCUUUUCCAUUCUGGAAGAGGAGUGUAUGUUCCCCAAGGCCACAGACACCUCCUUCAAGAACAAGCUGUAUGACCAGCAUCUUGGCAAGAACAAUGCCUUCCAGAAGCCCAAGCCUGCCAAAGGCAAAGCUGAGGCCCACUUCUCCUUGGUGCAUUAUGCUGGCACUGUGGACUACAACAUCAUCGGCUGGCUGGACAAGAACAAGGAUCCCCUCAAUGAAUCUGUGGUGCAGCUGUACCAGAAGUCCUCAGUCAAACUUCUGGCCAACCUCUAUGCUAGCUUUGCUUCAGCUGAAGCAGAAAGCGGAAAGGGUGGUGGCAGCAGUGGUGGCGGCAAGAAAGGAGGCAAGAAGAAGGGUGGCUCCUUCCAGACAGUGUCUGCUCUCUUCAGAGAAAACCUGGCCAAGCUGAUGACCAACUUGAGGAGCACCCAUCCUCACUUUGUGCGUUGCCUAAUUCCUAAUGAAUCAAAGAUACCAGGUCUCAUGGAGAACCACCUGGUUAUCCACCAGCUGCGGUGUAACGGUGUGCUGGAGGGUAUCAGAAUCUGUAGGAAGGGCUUUCCCAGCAGAAUCCUCUAUGGUGACUUCAAGCAGAGAUACAAAGUACUGAAUGCUAGUGUCAUCCCCGAGGGCCAGUUCAUUGACAACAAGAAAGCUGCUGAGAAGCUUUUGGGAUCCAUUGAUGUGGACCACACUCAGUACAAGUUUGGACACACUAAGGUGUUCUUCAAAGCUGGCCUGCUGGGUACCCUGGAGGAGAUGCGAGAUGAAAAGCUGGCUAAUCUGGUAACCAUGACUCAGGCCCUGUGCCGCGGUUUCCUCAUGAGGAGGGAGUUUGUCAAGAUGAUGGAAAGGAGAGAGUCCAUUUACACCAUCCAGUACAACAUCCGCUCAUUCAUGAAUGUGAAACACUGGCCGUGGAUGAAGCUCUACUUCAAGAUCAAGCCUCUCCUGAAGAGUGCUGAGGCUGAGAAGGAAAUGGCCAACAUGAAGGAAGAGUUUGCAAAAUGCAAGGAAGACUUGGUCAAGGCAGAAGCCAAGAAGAAAGAGCUUGAGGAGAAAAUGGUCUCCUUGCUUCAAGAAAAGAACGACUUGCUGUUGCAAGUAGCAGCGGAAUCUGAGAGCCUCACAGAUGCUGAGGAAAGAUGUGAGGGGCUCAUCAAGGCUAAGAUCCAGCUUGAAGCAAAACUCAAAGAGACAACUGAGAGACUGGAAGAUGAGGAGGAAAUCAAUGCUGAGCUGACCGCCAAGAAGAAGAAACUGGAGGAUGAAUGUGCUGAGCUGAAGAAAGACAUUGAUGACUUGGAGCUCACCUUGGCCAAAGUAGAGAAGGAGAAACAUGCAACAGAAAACAAGGUUAAAAACCUGACAGAAGAGAUGGUUACUCAGGAUGAGAGCAUUGGCAAGCUGACCAAAGAAAAGAAAGCCCUCCAAGAGGCACACCAGCAGACUCUCGGUGAUCUUCAAGCAGAGGAAGACAAAGUCAACUCUCUAACCAAAGCUAAAACUAAGCUUGAACAGCAAGUGGAUGACCUUGAAGGCUCCCUGGAACAAGAGAAGAAGCGCCGUAUGGAUCUUGAGAGAGCCAAGAGAAAACUUGAGGGUGACCUGAAACUGACCCAGGAGUCCAUAAUGGAUCUGGAGAACGACAAGCAGCAAUCAGAGGAGAAACUCAAGAAGAAGGACUUUGAGACCAGCCAACUCCUCAGCAAGAUUGAAGAUGAACAAUCUCUGGCUGCACAGCUUCAAAAGAAGAUUAAGGAGCUCCAGGCACGUAUUGAAGAGCUGGAAGAAGAGAUAGAGGCUGAACGUGCUGCUCGGGCCAAGGUUGAGAAGCAAAGAGCUGAUCUCUCCAGGGAACUUGAGGAGAUCAGCGAGAGGCUUGAAGAGGCUGGUGGUGCAACUGCUGCUCAGAUUGAGAUGAAUAAGAAGCGUGAAGCUGAGUUCCAAAAGCUGCGGCGUGAUCUUGAAGAGUCCACCCUGCAGCAUGAAGCCACUGCUGCUGCCCUCCGCAAGAAACAUGCUGACAGCAUGGCAGAACUGGGAGAACAAAUCGACAACCUUCAACGCGUCAAGCAGAGGCUGGAGAAGGAGAAGAGUGAAUACAAAAUGGAAAUCGAUGACCUCUCCAGUAACAUGGAGGCUAUUGCCAAAUCCAAAAGCAAUUUAGAGAAGAUAUCCCGCACACUUGAGGACCAGCUGAGUGAACUGAAGACUAAGCAUGACGAAAGUGUUUGCCAGAUGAAUGACUUAAGUACACAGAAAGCAAGACUUCUAACUGAGAAUGGUGAACUUGGUCGCCAGCUGGAGGAGAAAGAAGCUCUGGUGUCUCAGCUGACAAGAGGCAAACAGGCCUACACACAGCAAGUUGAGGAGCUUAAGAGGCAUAUUGAAGAAGAAGUUAAGGCGAAGAACGCCCUGGUUCAUGCCUUGCAGUUGGCCCGUCAUGACUGGGACCUCCUGCGAGAGCAGUUUGAGGAGGAGCAGGAGGCCAAGGCUGAGCUGCAGCGUGGAAUGUCCAAGGCCAACAGUGAGGUGGCUCAGUGGAGAACCAAAUACGAAACUGACGCCAUCCAGCGCACUGAGGAGCUGGAGGAGGCAAAGAAGAAGCUUGCUCAGCGUUUGCAGGAAGCAGAGGAGUCCAUUGAGGCUGUGAAUUCCAAGUGUGCCUCUCUGGAAAAGACCAAGCAGAGACUGGAGGGAGAGGUGGAGGACCUCAUGACUGAUGUGGAGAGAGCAAACGCCCAGGCUGCCAACCUUGACAAGAAGCAGAGGAAUUUUGACAAGGUUGUGGCAGAGUGGAAGCAGAAGUAUGAGGAAGGCCAGGCGGAGCUAGAGGGGGCUCAGAAAGAGGCUCGUUCUCUCAGCACUGAGCUCUUCAAGAUGAAAAACUCCUAUGAAGAAGCUCUGGACCAGCUGGAGACACUGAAGCGAGAGAACAAGAACCUGCAGCAGGAGAUCUCUGACCUGACUGAACAGAUUGGCGAGACUGGAAAGACCAUCCAUGAGUUGGAGAAGGCUAAGAAGGCAGUGGAGACUGAGAAGGCAGAAAUCCAGUCUACCCUUGAGGAAGCUGAAGGAGCACUGGAGCUUGAGGAGUCUAAGAUCCUCCAUGUCCAGCUGGAGCUCAACCAGGUCAAGGGUGAAAUUGACAGGAAGCUGGCAGAGAAAGAUGAGGAAAUGGAGCAAAUCAAGAGGAACAGCCAGAGGGUGAUCGAAUCCAUACAGAGCACCCUUGACUCUGAGGUCAGGAGCAGAAAUGAUGCCCUAAGAAUCAAGAAGAAGAUGGACGGAGAUCUCAAUGAGAUGGAGAUUCAGCUGAGCCAUGCCAACCGCCAAGCUGCUGAAGCUCAGAAACAACUGAGGAACGUUCAGGGACAGCUCAAGGAUGCCCAACUGCAUCUUGAUGAUGCUCUCAGAGGACAGGAGGACAUGAAGGAACAGGUUGCAGUGGUGGAGCGCAGGAACACCCUGAUGUUGGCUGAGAUUGAGGAACUAAGGGCAGCCCUGGAACAGACAGAGAGAGGCCGCAAAGUGGCUGAGCAGGAGCUGGUGGAUGCCAGCGAGCGCGUUGGACUACUGCACUCCCAGAAUACCAGCCUUAUCAACACCAGGAAGAAGCUAGAAAGUGACCUUGUUCAAAUCCAAAAUGAAAUGGAUGAUGCCAUCCAGGAAGCUCAAAAUGCUGAAGAGAAAGCCAAGAAGGCUAUUAUUGAUGCAGCCAUGAUGGCAGAGGAGCUGAAGAAGGAGCAGGACACCAGCGCUCACCUGGAGAGGAUGAAGAAAAACCUGGAGGUCACAGUCAAGGACCUGCAGCACCGUCUGGAUGAGGCUGAGAACCUGGCCAUGAAAGGUGGAAAGAAACAACUACAGAAACUGGAAAGCAGGGUGCGUGAACUGGAGGCAGAGCUUGAGGCUGAGCAGAAACGUGGAGUUGAUGCUGUUAAGGGUGUCCGAAAAUAUGAGAGAAGAGUCAAGGAGCUCACCUACCAAAGUGAGGAGGACAAGAAGAGCAUUGCCAGACUGCAGGACCUGGUAGACAAGCUGCAGCUCAAAGUGAAGGCCUACAAGAAGCAAGCCGAGGAAGCUGAGGAACAAGCUAACACACACCUGUCCAGGUUCAGGAAGGUGCAGCAUGAGCUUGAGGAAGCUCAAGAGCGAGCUGACAUUGCUGAGUCCCAGGUUUACAAGAUGAGAGCCAAAAGCCGUGAUGCUGGCAAGGUGAGUUCAACCGGAGCCAUGUUGGGGAGGCACCAGACACAGCUGGACUCUGUCGGCAAGUCACUGGAGGCAUUUGCUGCCAGCAUGGCGGACCGGGCAGCCCAGCUACAGCAGCUCCAACUGGCCCAGAACGCUGAUCGCUUCCUGGCGACACCGCUCACAGCCCCAACAUCUCCUACUCCCCCCUCGUUUCCCACCCGAGAGCCCCAUCUGCCUCAUCCAGAACAUUAUUCUGCUGAGAUGAGGAGGGUCUUUGACCGCUCCAAACACGGGAGAGAGGCUGCCCAUGAGAUGCUGCUAAUCCGCCAGGGUCGCCGAUCGGUGUCGGAUUAUGACAUUGAAUUCCACACCCUCGCCACCACCGGUGGCUGGAACUCUGACGCCCAAUCUCUGCCCUGCCCUUCCAUCCAGACCUCCCACCAGGAGCCGCUUCCUGACCCGGAACCGAUGCAGGUCAACAGCACCCGUCUGACACCCGCUGAGAGGCAGAGAAGAAUCCACACCCGUUCCUGUCUGUAUUGUGGCCAGCCAGGCCAUUUUGUUGCCUCCUGCCCAUCUGUCCAGGAACACAUCCAGCAUGUCCGGCGAGUCCUGCAACGUCUCCUCGAGAACCAGCUCUACAUCAAGGCUGAGAAGUGUUCCUUCCACCAGCGGUCCAUCUCUUUCCUGGGGUUUGUCAUCUCUGCGGAUGGCAUAGAGAUGGACAUGGAGAAAGUGAGGGCGGUGUCGGAGUGGCCUACCCCUAACACGCGUAAGGAGUUACAGAGAUUCCUGGGGUUCGCUAACUUUUACCGGAGGUUCAUUCGGGACGUUCAUGCGGCCCCCCUCACAGCGCUCACCUCCACUGCAACCAGGUUCCUCUGGUCUGAAGCUGCCCAACGAGCGUUUGAUGCACUUAAGAGCUGCUUCACUUCAGCACCCGUUCUGACUGUUCCUGACCCUUCCCGGCAGUUUGUGGUGGAGGUGGAUGCCUCAGACAUUGGAGUAGAUCAUAAGAACCUGGACUACAUCCUGGAAGUCUGCCAAAUGCCUGAAUUCCCGUCAAGCCCGCUGGGCAUUGUUCUUUUCUCCAACUUCACCCUGUCUUACCGCCCUUGGUCUAAAAACGCCAAGCCGGAUGCCCUCUCUCGCCAGUUUGGCACGUCAGAGGACACGUCUGACCCCCCUACCAUUGUGCCGGAACAUCGACUGGUGGCGGCUGUCUCCUGGGAUGUGGAGACCGCGGUCCGCGCUGCCCAACAACAUGAGCCCACCCUGCCCAACAACAUGAGCCCACCCUAG